UUAUUGAAUGAAUGGGUCGAAACGGUCGACACUCGCGCGUUCGCCCCAGCUGUUCAGACCAGUAACCCACUGCUUCUGCUCUAGUUUACUCGCCGCUAAAAUGAAGUACAAACAAGUUACACACGUUAUAUUCGACAUGGAUGGUCUGUUAAUAGAAUCUGAAUCCAUCUACGACAAAAUCGUGUCGGACAUUGCGGCACAGUACGGCAAGACCUACACCAAAGAUGCCAAGCUGAAGGUCCUGGGAACCCCGGAGAGAGACACGGCAAAAAUAGUCGUCAGGGAACUCGAACUGCCGAUCAGCGAGGACGAGUUCCUCAAAGUGUACAAGAAGAAAGUGCAAGGGGAACUGCAACACCCACCGUUGAUGCCCGGCGCCAAAGAACUGGUCCAGAGUCUGCACAAACUGAACAUUCCGAUCGCCGUCGCGACGUCCUCCUCCGAGGACGCGAUGCUGAUGAAGACCAAGAACCAUCAGGACGUCUUCAAGUUGUUCCAUCACAUCGUGUGCGGCAGCACGGAUCCGGAAGUUAAACAUGGCAAGCCAGCGCCGGAUAUUUUCCUAGUGUGCGCCUCCCGGUUUCCGGACAAGCCCUCACCUGAUCAGUGUAUAGUAUUUGAAGAUGCCCCGAACGGCAUUCACGGUGCGAUAUCAGCUGGAAUGCAGGCGAUUAUGGUGCCUGCUCCAGAUAUUCCGGAGGAAUUGAGAAAACAGGCGACACAGGUGCUGAAAUCGCUGAAAGAAUUCAAUCCGGAACUGUACGGUUUACCGAAAUUCGAGUGACUGGAGCUGUCUACUUAAAAAGUGACGCUCUUAGAGCCAGUAUUAAUGUAUUUAUUUUUUACGGUGUUAUGUAAUAUAUGUAAAUUAUUUUUCUGAAGCAAAUUUUUAGAGGUAUUUUAAUAUAUGUUCACUUAAUAAAUGUUAAAUAGUUAUUUUUAAA